UACUCAGCGGAGUGUUUUUAAUCCUAUGUUUAUUUUUUGUGUUAUAACAAUGUGAAAAUUAAAAUUUAGAAGAAACGACAACUAUGUUUUCAAGGUUUUCGAAGUGAGGAGAAAGUGGUGAAAAAUUGUGUUUUCGACUCAUUAAAACAUUUGCUUUGUGUUUUGAAAAGUAAAGAAAAUGAAUCUAUGAAGUUUACAUAUCUACCUCUACUAUUGAUGUAUUAAUGUGACACUACGGAUUGCCGUCGUACUUUCUAGAAGUCUUCACAAGAAAACAAUUGAAUUAUGAUCCAUAUUUCGGUAUUCUUUUUCGUCACCAGUGUACUCCAAACAUUUAUUAACGCUCAAACUAGUUAUACACUUCUACGAUAUAGGCAAAAUGACACAUUGAACGCGACGGUACAUUUGAAAAAUAUCCCGACAAAUAUCGAUCGGUAUGAAAUUAGCUAUAACACGACAGGUCAAGGGAUAAAUUGCAAGAUUUUAUAUUCCUUUCUUACUUGUGAGGCUAACAACGAUAUUGAGAGACCCAGAGAUUUUAUUCAUUUUUGGAAUCAAAAUGUUGAAAAUUUAAAAAUACCAGGAGUCGUGGCCGAAAAAACAAAAUUUCUAAUGGAAGUUUUUUCAUUUGAUGUUAAUACAACAAUUAGCAGCAGAAUAAUAUCCCAAGCAAACGGCAUACGGGAUUAUGACAUAACAACGGAACCAUACACUAUUUUCGUGCCAAAUCAUGAAAUCAAACCAUUCAACACAGAAAAAAUCUAUUAUUCUCAAUCUGAUCGAAAGCUAUUCAGAUGUAAUACAAAUAACAGAAUGUAUAAAAACGUACAGAUAGGAUUAGUGUGGCCAGGUCAAAAUCGCCUACAGAUGUUGCAAGCUCAAGAAACUUCAACUGAUAAGUUUCCAAAUGGAAUGAUCUUAUUUUGUGUGGCGUACACAAUAACUACGGACGAUAAGCAAACGACCGUACAACGCCAUGUAUCGCAAAAUACUAUGUUGGUACAUAUUAUAAAACCUAAUGAAAAGAAAAUUGAAAAUAACAAUAAUUCGCCGAAUAUGCCUAAUGCUCCGAAUUACUCUAACCAUGUUGAUUUGUCCAAUUAUAACAAUCAUAAUAACUAUCCAAAUAGUGCUGAAAUAUCACCCGCACCCCCUCCACAACCAGAUAACAACGAUUAUUAUACGCAUAGCGGGUAUAAUGCUGGUUAUCCAAGUAAUAACAAUUUGAAUACUAAAAAGAAUCCGACACCAAACUAUCCUAAACAGACACCGCGUACCAUUCCCUAUCUGAUACCGCCUGAGACUUCCUAUACGACACCGCCUGUGACUCUCUAUCCAGCACUACCUAUGACUACCAAACCGAUAAUCAGUACGAAUACUAGUACGACUACCACUACGACUACCAGUACGACUACCAAGCCGACAACGACUACCACUCCCAAACCGACAACCACUACGACUACCAAACCCACAACCACUACGACUACUAAACCGACAACGAGAAGGACUACCAAACCGACAACGAGAAGGACUACCAAACCGACAACGAGAAGGACUACCAAACCGACAACGAGAAGGACUACCAAACCGACAACGAGAAGGACUACCAAAUCGACCUCUUAUUUCACUGUUACUCCCAUCUCUAAUACGGCUAACAAAACGAAUGCCCAUACGACAACUGAGUUUGAGAUUAGCAAUGCCAAGAUGACAGUCGAUAAACCAACUUAUAACCAACCAAGUACAAUGGAAAAUGACUCCUUAUCUCCAUUCACAAACAAAACUAAAUACUACUUGGCAACAGGUUCUGUCGGAAUAAUAAUUAUUGUAGCUUUAAUAGUAUAUGUAGUUUGUAAAAAACGCCACAAGAAAUCUCCUGAACAAGAAACAGUACAAGAAUUGGAAUUGGAAACUUAUGCAACCAGCGCCCUAUUGUAUGCAGACCUCCGAUUGGACCCCGCAAAGAAUACAAGACAAGUGAAACAAAAUGAAGAAACUUACGCACAAAUUGUUGGUGUUCUCAAACCGCGAGAAUCACACGGUCAAAAGUAUUAAGAAAAUUGAUAACAUAUGCUGAAAAAUAGAAUACAAGAAAUAUUUUAGACUGCUUCUUUGCGGGAACCUGAUGUAUUUUGAGUAAAAUUCACACUUGGCCGGGCUUUUUUUUUAUUUCUAGCAAUGUAGAUUGUCGAAUAGGUACUAGUCGGACUAUAGUCAUCCCUCCAAGUAGGCUAAAUAUCUAUAUUUGUUUAAAGCCUAAAGUCAUAUUUGAUUAGAUUUUUUUGACAGAAGUAAAAGUAACAGUAGUAAAAUUUUUUUCAAUCGAUUUUCAACCUUAUGACAAUAGUGGAAGGUUAAUGUUCGAUUGGUAAAAUUUGACAGAUUCGGGUAAGUUGAUCUCUCUUUUCCGUACUUUUUUCAAGCUAAUGACAUAUUAAUUCAAUAAUGGCCUAGAUUAGUAGAAAUCACUUUUCUUGAUUGGUCCAAUUUUUGGUACAAUUUAGUUUUAAGUUUUGUACUUAUAUAAUUAUUAAAUGUAUGAUGGUUAGUCGUCUGUACCUAUAUAUUUAUGAAAUCUAGUAUAGUCUGACCCUUUUUUGGUGCAGUUGACAAUUCUGUCAGUCAAAAUUGACAGCUGUGAACUGCACAAAAAACCGUUGUAUAUUUCGUUAUAACUUUGCUAUCAUAUAUACAUUAUGCUUAAUUUAUACUAAAGACUCAUUAAUGCAUUAAGAAAUAUUUAAAACUUUUUAAGAAGACUUUUAUACUUUAGUUAGAUUAUUCCUAAGACAGGUACCUAG